GUGUUCUGAUUGGCUGGGCUGUUGUUUGAUUGGGAGAGAAAUCUUCCUUCAGUGUAAACUAGUUGUACUUCUUGUCGGAGAUGAAUGCGCCUGUCUCUUCCUGUUUGGUGUACCUGACCGUGUGUGAUGAGGGUGAGAGCUCCUGCUACAGGUCUUCCCGACUCCAGUUUACUUAGGGUUUCUUUUAUUAAUUUCCACACUAUAUGCAAGCUUUCCCAGUUGUCCCCAAAAGGACGUUUAUAGCUUUCUCUUUGAUCCAGGAUCCAAUCAAUAUUUGUAUGUUGCAUUCCUCCUCUUUUAUGUAGUCAUUCCUUCAUUCACGACGUUAACUCUGUGAAGAGUUCAGGACAGUUGUCAUGCGGACUGUCCCAGGUCUGGGGUUGUGGCUGUUUCCUCGUCCACGUGGACGACCAUCCUUAAGUCCUGACAGCGGCGAUAGAGCUCCAAAGGCUGGACCAGGGUUGGGUAGAGGUGAUGCUGCCGCGCAGGUGGGGGCGCCUGCCGGAAGCGGUAUGCCUUACGGGGCGGGGACUGGUACUCAUGCAAUACCCCGGCCCUGACCACCUUUCUCUGGCCCUUGGGACGAUUUCUGAUAACCUUCGCCUGAAUCAACGAUUCACUGGGGGCGGCACAGGGCUUUCUCCAAUUCUACUAUUCCUUCUUCCUGUGCUCGCUGUCAUUCUUUGGUAAAGAAGAGCCUUUUCCCAGCAAUCGGGGUGCACUACAACCCCCUAAAAGUCGGCCAUACGGUUAACGACCUCCCUUUAAUAGUUACAAGCGUCCAGAAUGAAUGUCCGCUCAGACGAGGGCCAGGGGGGGACGCUGUCUUUGCACCUCCUGGCCACUGCGAGGCGGUGGCGUGCGGCUCGGGAGAGGCCGGCGCUGACCUGUGACGUCACGCCACGCGCCCGGGGUCGACCGGCUCUGUCGUGUUUCGUCACGCCGUGCGUCUACGCUAAGCGGCGCGGUCGCGGGAGCCUGGGGGGGUCCCGGUGGCGGUCGCCAUGGUUUCGCACGUGCAGCUCCCGCCCGAGAUCCAGCUGGCGCAGCGCCUGGCGGGGAACGAGCAGGUGACCCGGGACCGGGCGGUGAAGAAGCUCCGGAAAUACAUCGUCGCCAGGACUCAGCGGGCCUCAGGUGGUUUCACUCAUGACGAGCUGCUGAAGGUGUGGAAGGGACUGUUUUACUGCAUGUGGAUGCAGGACAAGCCUCUCCUCCAGGAGGAACUAGGAAGGACCAUUUCCCAGCUCAUCCAUGCUUUUCAGAGUGCAGAGGCACAGCACCUGUUCCUUCAGACGUUCUGGCAAACCAUUAAUCGUGAGUGGACGGGCAUAGACAGACUGCGCCUGGACAAGUACUACCUGCUCAUGCGGAUGGUCCUGAAUGAGUCCUUGACGGCCCUGAAAAUGCGAGGAUGGGAAGAGAGACAGACUGAGCAGCUGCUGGAGCUGCUGACAACUGAGAUCCUGCACCCUGACAGCCAGGCUCCCAAUGGGGUGAAGAGCCACUUCCUGGAGAUCUUCCUGGAGGAGCUGACCAAAGUGGGCGCCGAUGAGCUGACGGCCGAGCAGAACCUGAGGUUCAUUGACCCCUUCUGCAGAAUCGCUGCCCGGACUGAGGAACCUCUGGUUUUGCAUAACAUCACUCGAGGCAUCUUCGAAACGAUCGUGGAACAGGCCCCGUUUGCCAUCGAAGACCUGAUGAAGGAAUUGGAGGAAGAGGAAGAUGAUGAGAUGUCAGAGGGCGACGAGGAGAUGUCGGCAGGCAAGGAGCGGGAGCGGGGACAGGAUGUGCCAUCCAAGAAGCCGUGGAAAGGCUCCAUCCAUGGGACUGAACCUGAUGUGGACGAGGAGCAGGGAGAAGAUGACGAGGACAGCGCUGGCCCUGUCCUCCAGUUUGACUAUGAGGCUGUUGCCAACAGACUGUUCGAAGUGGCCAGUCACCAGAGCACCCCUUCUCAGAACAGGAAGCGUCUCUACAAGGUGAUCCGGAAGUUGCAGCACCUGGCAGAAGUUGCCCGUGUUCCGUGUCGACCUCAGUUGGACUCUGAGCACGUUUGCAAAGAAGAGCGAGCAUCCGAUCCUCGGACUUACCUGACACGAGAGGGGCUGGAGCCAGAGGCUUGCCAGGGACCACUCACGGAGGAUGCAGAGCACGGAGGAUUCCAGGCACACUGUGGGCAAAAUGGACGAAAACCCAGCGAAGCAAAUUGCGUCCCCCGACUUCUCCCGGUGGCUUACAGCUUAAUGUGCUCAUUUCUCCCUGCUUAUUUUCUCCCAUUUAUACGUUGCUGGCACUGGGUAAUUUUACCCGGUUGCAGUCUCAGAGGAGAGUCGAGAUUUGGUUAUGAACCAUCAGUAGAACAAGAAGUGCUGUCAUCUGGGCUGUCUGCUCCCUCUGUGUGAGGUGGAACUCACUCGAGCAAGAACUUCCCUGCACUAACAGGGCCCUUUCGUCCCACAAGAAGCUCUCCCUAACACAGAAAGGCCCCCCCCUGGUUUCCAUCUCAGUGUGUGUGUGUGCUGGGAGGGAAGGGGUUGGAGAGGGGGAAGAAUGUAGGUUUUAGAGUCAAAAGUCCAGUGCUUGGCACUAGGACUUACCUGCUAUUUAAACUUCAGUUUCCCAAACACUCUUUGUCGGGGUGGGGUGGGUCACUUCACAUCCCAAAGUGGCCCUGGAGCUCCAACCAUCACGACCAUAUUCCAGGCAGGAAUAAGGAGAAUGGAGGGGCAAGAGAGUGCUUCUCAGCUGAAGCAGCCCUCUUUUUUUUUUUUUUUUGUGAAGAAGAUAGGCCCUGAGCUAACUUCUGUUGCCAAUCUUCCUCUUUUUGCUUGAGGAAGAUUGUCACUGAGCUGACAUCUGUGCCAAUCUUCCUCUAUUUUAUUUGGGAUGCCACCACUGUGUGGCUUGACAAGCGGUGCUAGGUCCACGCCUGGAAUCCAAACCAGCAAACCCUGGGCCGGCAGAGUAGAGCACGUGAACCGAACCACUAUGAGCCCUUACUGAAUUGAGAGGGGUUCACACCACAACCCCGUCCUCAGCCUCCCUCGUGGAUACCCAGGUGGACACAGCCAGGUCCAGGAUCCCUGCAGAGGCCCGAGGACCCUCUGGAACAUUCCACACGCUCAUAAA